AUGGAUUUUUGGAAGUUUUUUGGCUUUGUGAGAAUUUUAAAAGAAUCCAUUCAACUUAUUCCAAAAAAUGGAAAAAUCUUGGGAUUAAUAACCAUUUUUUACCUUCUUUUCACCUCAAUAUUCUUUUUAUUUUUCAAAUCCACCUCUGAUUCUUUGUUAAGAGAUAUGUUUAUUAAAGAAUCCGUCAUUCCUAUUUCUAGUAUACAUGAUUCUUCACUAGGUAAUCUACUUUUUAGGAUUAAACAAAAUUUUAAACUUGUUUUAGCCAUUGAUUUUUCAUUCUUUUUUUCCUAUUUAUUCAUCUCAAUUUUCUCCACCAACACAAUAAUUUUAAUUUCUUCUAUAUCAUAUUAUAAUAAAACUUUAAAUUUCAAAGAUUUAGGUAUCAAGAUUUUUAGAUCAUGCAAAAGGCUUGUUUUCACAAUGUUUUAUACCACAAUUAUUGUUAUUGGAUAUUUUUACUUUUGUUUAUCCAUGGCAACUCCUUUUUUAGCUACAUCUAACUUAUAUAAUUUUUCAAUGGUUAUUAUUUUCAAGAUUUUCGCGUAUAUUAUUUAUCUAUAUUUAUCGAUCGUUUGGGUGAUGGCCUUAGUGGUUUCAAUUGUUGAAGAAGGAAAUCAUGGAGUUAUGGCUCUUAGAAAAGCUGGAAAAAUAAUUAAGGGAAAUGAGAUGAAAGGGUUUAUUUUAAAUAUUGUGUUCAAUUUAUUGGCUUUAAUUAUUUAUUUGGGUACUCAAAUUAUUAUUAAGAAAUGGACUUUUAACAAGAAUAAUUCAAUGUUGAUUUUGGUUAAUGGUUCUUGUUUAUUGAAGGUGUUUGAGCUAGUAAAUUAUACGGUUUUAUAUUUCCAUUUCAAGAAAGAAAAAGGGGAAGAAGAGAUUAUUCAAUUGCAAGAAAGUAUUGAAUAUAGCAAGAUCUAUGAUUUACCAUUAAUAAUUGGUGGUACAAAUUAG